AUGGGCAUUACCAAGGUUGUCAACGAGAGCCGGCAGGUGCUGCAGGAGCCGGACUUCGCCCAGUCGCUGCUGCGGGACCCCAACACGCCCAUCGUCCGCAAGUCGCGGGGCACCUCCACGCAGGGCACCUCCACGCACGCCUCGUCCACGCAGCUGGCGGUGCUGGACGAGCAGCGCAGCCGCGCCGGCAGCGCGCACAGCCGCGCCGGCAGCUGCCACGGCAGCCUGCACCGCUCGCGCGACGGACGGUACACCCCCUGCAGCUACCGCGGCGCGGAGGAGCGGCUGCCCCACGGCAGCGCGGCGCGGCUGACCGACCACUCGCGGCACAGCAGCUGCCACCGGCUGAGCGAGCAGUCCCGGCACGGCAGCGCCCGCGACCUCAGCGCCAGCACGGCGGGCACGCACAUCAACCGGGUCAUCGAGGAGGAUGGCGCCAGCGCCUGAGGCAGCGGCCCCAGCUGGGAGCCAGCCUCGGCCGCUGCCGGGCCUGGGGCGCUCGGCCCGGAGCUCCGUGCAACCGCCCAGUGGAAAGAUGAACCUCUCCGGAGGUAAUUAUUUAUUUGGAAACUGUUCCUCAUCGGACACGACUGCUGGGUUUCUUAUUCUCUGUGGAAAACAAUCUCCCCCUUCCUUCCCUUCCCCUUCCCGGUGUCCCUCCUUCCCCGGGUUCCGUGUGUCAGGAGGAGCCAGCCCCGAAAUCCGAAUUGCCGGAAUCCGAAUUGCCGGAAUCCGAAUUGCCGGAAUCCGAAUUGCAGGAAGCCGAAUUGCCGGAAUCUGAAUUGCCGGAAUCCGAAUUCCUGGAAUCCGAAUUGUCGGAAUCCGAAUUGCUGGAAUCCGAAUUGCAGGAAGCCGAAUUGCCGGAAUCUGAAUUGCAGGAAUCUGAAUUGCCGGUGUCGGGAAUCCGAAUUCCUGAAAUCCGAAUUGCCGGAAUCCGAACUGCCGGAAUCCGAAUUCCUGGAAUCCGAAUUGCCGGAAUCCGAAUUGCCGGAAUCCAAAUUGCCGGAAUCCGAAUUCCUGAAAUCGGAAUUGCCGGAAUCCGAAUUGUCAGAAUCCGAAUUCCUGGAAUCCGAAUUCCUGGAAUCCAAAUUGCCGGAAUCCGAAUUGCCGGAAUCCGAAUUCCUGAAAUCCGAAUUGCCGGAAUCCGAAUUGCCGGAAUCCGAAUUGCUGGAAUCCGAAUUCCUGAAAUCCGAACUGCUGGAAUCUGAAUUGCCGGAAUCCGAAUUCCUGGAAUCCGAAUUGCCAGAAUCCGAAUUCCUGAAAUCCGAAUUGCCGGAAUCCGAAUUCCUGAAAUCCGAAUUGCCAGAAUCCGAAUUGCAGGAAUCCGAAUUGCCGGAAU